UGCGAAUCCGGAGUGCUGCGAUUCAGUCGUACGCUUGGCUCCCUCGUGUCGCCGCCGUUCUGCUCGCGUACACUCGUCUCGCGCGCACCCGUCCUCGUUAAAAGCGUCCGCGUGUCGCGCUUCGGCCAUCACCCCGAUCUUCCAGCUCCGACCUUCCAUCCGUCACGCGUCUUCGCUUCCUUCUUCCACCCUUUCUCUCGACCCUCGCCGACUAAUAAACCAUUCUUCAUCGUUCUUUUUUGAUCGUAGUUUGUUUUCUUGUAAAAAAAAGGAAUCGAGCUUGUUGGUUUCUCUGGAGAAUCCAAGAUUAUUACUGGCCGGGAAUAUCCAGUCGGAAAUCGAAGCAGCAUGGGGAUUCUCACGUGAGAGGCGUGUUCCGGGGCCGGUGGUUUCUCCACGAACGAGAAGAAGGAGGAGGAGGAGGAGGAGGAGAAGAAGGAUCGAGAAAAGUCGAGAAGGAGGGAGGGAGGGGCAGGAAGGGAGGGUGGGAGGGAGGAAAAAGUGGGGAGCGACUCGCGAACGAAUUAAUAAUGCCGCGCGAGAGGGGCGCGGAGGAGGAUCGGCUGAACUUUACUUGCAGGGGAUCCCGCAAUUAUCCCGGAAGAAGAGAGAAGUGAAGGGGGUGCAGCGAUGGGGGUGUACGUGAUAGGUUUGGUCGGUGUGAUCGCGUUUUAUGUGGCGGUGUUGGGUGUCGGUAUUUGGGCGGCCGCAGUGAAGAAGAAAAAAUCCCGCCAUGGCCAUGACGCUUUGAUACUGGCCAACCGUGGCUUAGGUCCGAUUCUUGGUGUGUUUACUUUGAUCGCCACGUGGGUCGGUGGCGCUUACAUAAACGGGACCGCUGAAUUGAUGUUUACCAAAGGAUUGGCCUGGUGUCAAGUGCCCUUCGGUUACAGCCUCAGUCUACUGUUCGGUGCGGUGUUGUUUGUACGACCAAUGAGAAAAGCGGAACACGUGACCAUGUUGGAUCCUUUUCAAGAGAGAUACGGUGCAGGGGUCGGGGGGCUCUUGUUCCUCCCCGCCCUCUUCAGUGAUUUGUUCUGGUGUGGCGGGGUGUUGAGAGCUUUGGGAAGCUCGUUGGCAGUGGUUGCUGGCGUGAAUCCGGACAUCAGCAUAGUCGCCUCUGCCCUCUUGGCAGGCGUAUACACCGUGUUCGGUGGACUUUACUCCGUCGCGUGCACCGAUGCGUUGCAGCUGGCAUGCAUCGUGAUCGGGUUGGGAUUGGCUGCGCCAUUCUCCGUUCUCCACCCAGCCGUCAACUUCGAGAAGAAUCUAACGCCGCACGAAUGGCUUGGGGAGAUUAAGAACGAGGAUCUUGGCGAGUGGGUGGAUUGCAUGCUGUUGUUGGUAUUUGGCGGUAUACCUUGGCAGGGCUACUUUCAAAGGAUCCUAAGUAUGCGAAGCACAUCGAUGGCGACCGCUUUGUCAAUAACAUCGAUGUUCGGUUGCAUGAUCCUCGCGUUUCCAUCAGCUCUAAUUGGCGUGGUGGCACGUGCCACCGAUUGGUCAUCCGUGCAGGGAUUUAACAAAAGUAUAAUAGCGCACGAAGCGAAUGCAGCAUUACCGAUCGUUCUCCGAUACUUGACACCGCAGUGGGUCUCCUUUGUCGGUCUGGGCGCUAUUUCCGCGGCAGUAAUGUCCUCGGCGGAUUCAAGUAUAUUGGCCAGCAGUUCCAUGUUCUCCAGAAAUGUCUACAGACUGACGCUAAGACCGAAGGCAUCCGAAAGGGAACUGAACUGGAUACUACGGAUAUCCGUGCUUGUGAUCACAGUCUUGUCGACUGUGAUUGCACUUACGGUGGACAGCGUUUAUUAUCUGUCGUAUUUGGCUUCUGAUCUCGUUUACGUGGUGCUCUUCCCUCAAUUGUUAACUGUGGUCCAUUGGCCAUCUUUGGUCGACACGUAUGGAUGUCUGGCUGGUUACUUCGUGGCUGUUGUUUUACGCCUUUGCGGCGGAGAAAAAGGAUUGGGUGUGCCGGCACUGAUCGAGUACCCAUUUUACGACGUGGAAACGCAAUCGCAAAAAUUCCCAUUCCGCACCGGGGCCAUGCUAGUGGCCCUGUGCACCCAACUCGUGACGAGUUUCUUCACGAGAAAUCUUCUAGGGAAAGGUUACUUUCCCCGAUGCUGCGACGUUCUUAGCGUCUAUUCACCGGGGAAAUCGAAGGAUCAGUCGGGAGUUGUACAGAGCAGCUCGGGCGCCGCCCUCAUGGACACUUCUUCCGUCAAUAAAUCUACCUCAGGAAUAGAUUCUUGCGAUGGGAUCGGGCCUGGAAGCUACGACGACGACCGCACCACGACUAACUCCGUCGAGGACUCCGUGACCGAUCAAAGGGACAAUGGGACCAUAGCCGGCGAUCUAUACGAGAAAGACACUCCCCAGAAAAAGAUAAACAAUAUUGGAUCCGCUGCCCAAAAGGCGAACCAAAGCCUGCAACACCUUCAAACGUUGAGAAAUUCCAUUCACGCGAGCUCGAUCACCGGCAGACAUACCCCGACCCCGAAUCAAUAUGCCCCCAUACAAAGCAACGAGGUCUCGAGAGGUCAGAUAUUAGGCGUGCGAAAUCUGAGAGGUUCUAUGGGCCAGAUGUUGUUGCCGACCGAUCGUCCACCGAUAGCCAUGGCCCCGUGCAACAACCCGGCCAUGGUCACCGUUCCGGCCAAUUCGACGAUGGCCACCACCGUCACGCCUGACGCCCAUUACGCUAAAAUCGAGGAUCCUGGAUCCUGCUUGGUGAACGACAAAACAAGGGAGAACGAGAGGCACGGUGUCGUGGACAGGGGGGCGACGGAAUUUCAAACUAUACCGGACAACAUGUUAACCACGAUCAACGUUAAGAAGAACGUGAAAGGGGUGAAACUGGUUGGUAUGGAGGGUGGCACGUUGAGGAGGCCAUCGUUGCAGGGCACGUUCUCGCCGACACCGUCGGUCGAGCUUGUCCACAUCUUGGACAGGAGGCAGAGCAGCGGUUCUUACGGGCCUGGCUCCCUUUCCCCCGUUCCCAUGGGGGUGGAGGCGUGCAAGACCCAUGGAACGGCGUUGGAGGGGCAGGGCGGGAACGAACAUUGCAGGAUCAAGAGGGGCAUCGUCAGGCAUCACAGUUUGCGCAGCUUCAACGACACGGGUGACCGUGCGCUGACCACGCUAGCCAGGCAACCGACCUAUCCAUCCAUGCCGUUGCGUUCCGAGGACUGCCGCAUGACGCUGGUUAAGAAGGACAGAAGGACGUCGACGAUCGCCCGACACGGUUCCAUGACGAACGAGAAAGAGCUGAGCGGUUGUAUGACCGGCCUCGUGGUGUGCAGCCCCACUUACAACAUGUACAGCUCGGCUGUGAAGAAUUCCAACUACUUCGUGACCGACGACGAGGCGGUCAGCAGGUUUUAGAAAGUCGUACAAAGGGAAGGACCAAGGAAGGACGAGAGGACAAUCGAAUUAUCGCCCCC